AUGCCGAUAGAAGUGAGGGCCACCCUCGAUCGGCAGGUACCGGUUUAUCUAGCCGGAGAGACUGUCGUCGUUUCGGUGGUGCUCACGAACUGCAAGCCGGCCGGCGAGCGCGGCCAUUCGGAGACGAUCGCCUGGGGGAGUGUCCAGUUGAGCAGCGAGCGCACGAACGCCAAGGCCAGAAAUCAAAAGACGCAGCUAACCACGUCGAUACCUAGAUCAAACACAUGUGUCUACUCCUCCGUCCCGUCAAUCCUCUUCUGUGACAUCAACGUGUUGCCCGGCGACUCGAAGACGUACACUUAUGAGGUGCAACUCCCACUCACCGGCCUGCUGCCGAGCUUUCGGGGAAACCUGGUGCGCUUCCAGAAUCGGAUCACCGUCGCUGUGCAGCACCUAAAGUCGCCGAUCAAGAUGAUACACUUGCCGAUUCGAUUGGUCCCAGAUGUCGGAAUCGAGUCCCGGAAGCCGAUCUGCCGAAAUCCCUUCCUCGACGCGACGACCUCGGCGCCGCCGAUUGCCGAAAUGUUUGCCGCCACCGUCGACCAGAUCACGGCGCCGAAGAAGGAGUUCAUCUACCAGAUGACGAACAGCCGGGGAAGGGUAGCCGCCCUGAUGCUCUACAAACGGGCCUUCAAGCUCGGCGAAGAUGUGGUCGGGAAAUUGUCGUUUCAGGUCGCGGACGUGCGCUGCUACCAGUGGCUGGUUCGGCUCGUGUCGCUGGAAAGCCUCGUGGAAACGGACCCUUCCGCCGAGAAGCCCUCUUCAACUAUCGUCUGGGCGACACAGCACAAAAUCUCGGCCGACUUUGCCGAGACGGCGUUCCGGGUCCCGAUCGCCCUGGACGCGCCGCCGACGUUCAGCAAUGAUAUUGUUCACAUCAAAUGGCAGCUCCAAUUCGAGUUCGUCACCUCAUCCUCGUAUCAACCAGCGGCCGCGCUAGAAGAUAUCCGCCCGACAAAUGCCCCCGUCAAUGUCGAUAUUGAGACGCUCUCCUGGCAGGUGGAUUUGUUCGUGCUCUCUUGCAGCCCGUUCAACAUUGCCCUCACCGACACGUCGGCGAACGGCGAAACGAUGGUGGUCAUC